AUGGCCUCGAUCUCUAUCGAAGUCAGUCUACUCAGCGGCAGAACGGCAAAGAUCACCAGAGAAGCCCAGUGCUCAAUUGAGGAGAUCAAACAAGAGGCCCUGGACUCUUUGGAGAUGUGCGCUGGUGUGCUGCUGACAACUUCGGGCGAGAUGCUGUGCCAGGGGACCCUUGAGGAUGCCGGCUUGAAGGAUGGAGAUGUGGUCCUCCUGCAGCAGCGGCAGGUCGACCUCUUAGAUUCCUUGCAGCUUGACUGUCAGCUCAGCCAUCGCAGAGGAGCCUCCAUACAAGCCCCCGAACGGUUCGCGAUUCUGGACUUGGUGGCGCAAGGUGCGUACGGCCUGAUGUGCUCGGCUCGCGAUGAGAUCACGGAUGACAUGGUUGCCAUCAAGAAGACGCGAGCUUUCGAGUCGAACAGGGGGGCUUUAGAUUUUGAGCCUCUAUCCCACGCUCGGCAGGAACUCAAAGAGUUAAGGCUCUUGCGGCACUUCCGUCACGAGAACAUCCUUGAUGUGAGAUACGUUUUCUUUCCGGGUUCCAAGAUGGAAUUUCACGACCUCUACUCCGUCUCUGAGCUUAUGGAGACAGACUUGCAAGCAAUCCUCAAGAGCUCCCAGAGUCUCCUUGACCAGCAUUGCCAGUUCUUUUCCUACCAAAUUCUUCGGGGGCUGAAGUUCAUGCACUCUGCAGGUGUGCUUCAUCAAGACUUGAAGCCGCGACUGCUGCUGGUGAACCGCAACUGCGACUUGAAAAUCUCAGGCCUUUCCAUGGCCGCACUGGAUCUUGGGGAGACGGGCGAAGGCUUCCCGCCCCGCGACGCAAAUCCUUAUGUCAACAAGGUGUGGUACCGAGCACCAGAGGCCCUUUGUGAUUGUACCGGAAGUGUAUAUGGGCCUGCCAUCGAUAUCUGGGGUGUCGGAGCGAUUCUUGGCGAGAUGUUCGCACGUCGGCCCGUUUUUCCAGGAAAGAACGUGCAGCACCAACUGAAGCUGAUUCUGGAGGGCUUGGGCCCUAGGAAGGAGGAGUCAUCUCUCAGCUGGAUCAAGAAACCAGAGAUUCGGAAGUUUGUCGACUCACUAACCCCAUCGGUGGACCGCAAGGCCUUCUGCGACGCCUUGGGUCCCAUCUCGCCUUCGGCGAUGGAGCUUUUGGAUGCUCUGCUGCAGUUUGAUCCUCAGCAGCGGAUCUCCGCCGAGCAAGCCUUGAACUGGAGCUACUUCGGGGAGUUUGCGGGCACGGAUCUGCGCUGUCCGGAGGAUGAACCUGUAUGCGCACCUCUCGAGUUGCGUGACUUCGAGUUCCUGAUACGAAAGAUCGACUUGCCGGCACUGCGGGAGGAGAUGUUCUUGGAAGCCCUUCACUACCACCCCGAGCUGAAGCAACGGUACCUGCGAGAGCAGUCGCUGAUGGGUACCAUGCACGAAAUCGGGAAGUACGAGCUGCUUACACUGGGUGAACGUUGGCCCGACUGUCUGGAUGCUGCGGACGAUGCUGUGGCAUGA